UUUUUCUGACCUGGAGACUACUGACACGUUCAUCCGCGCUCACAAUCGGUGCACGUCAACAGAUGACGACACCUCAGCCAGUUCAUUUAUCUAGAAGACAGACAUCCACAGAGAGCAGUCACCGUGUCGGGGGGAAGGACUGCACGAUGUGGCCCGUGUUACCGCUACUGCUGCUCGGUCUGCUGCUACCCUGCACCGCGGGCUCACCUGUUAAUAUUGUAGGCUAUCAGCAAUGCAACUCAUCCGUGGAAGGCACCAUUUACAAAUACAGAGCAAAGACUCUAAAUGGUAGUCAGACUGUGAACUUCAGUGACUACGUAGGCAAGGCUGUCCUCUUUGUCAACGUGGCUACAUACUGAGGACUCACCUAUCAGUAUGUGGAACUGAAUGCACUGUAUGAGGAGAUGAACCCACUUGGGUUGACUAUUCUUGGCUUCCCCUGCAACCAGUUUGGAAAACAGGAACCAGGGCAAAGGCAUGAAAUCCUGCCAGGUUUAAAAUAUGUUAGGCCUGGCAAUGGAUUCAUUCCAAACUUCCUGCUGUUUGAGAAAGGUGAUGUGAAUGGGAAAAAUGAGCAAGAGGUUUAUACUUUCCUUAAGAGCUCUUGCCCCCCUAUCGGAGAAGACUUCGGUCCCAUGUACGGCCGGUUGUUCUGGGAGCCUCUAAAGAUUAGCGACAUCAAGUGGAACUUUGAGAAGUUUCUGGUGGGAAUGGAUGGAAAGCCAGUGAUGAGGUGGCACCCGACCACCAAAAUUUCUGCGGUCCGAGCUGACAUCCGGAGAUACCUGCUCGAAAAGUACACAAGGGAUGUCUUUAAUUAGAUCUGAUCGAUCAUUUAGUAUUGUCUGUCUAAUGAAGUAAGUGUAAUCAGAUGCAAAUGAUUAGUAGAACUAAGGUAGCCUGAUGAGGAGUAAUGUUACAGUUUCUUGUACCGUGAAGAUGGCAUGUUGAAUGAAGAGGAGGCUUGAAAACAGGAACUCUGUGGUGCCUCUUUGGAAUCUGGGGUUUAGGCCAGCCUUUCAGUGCAUUCAGGCUGCCCUGCAAUCCCACAGCACCAUGUCAUCUUCCCAUCUCAGGACUUGUUAACCAUUACUGUCUAAAUGUUAAUUACUUUCAAUAAAUCAUGAAGAAUAA